GGGCCGCGGUAAAGGACAUGCCACGGAGCAACGCGUUUUCCUCCAGGCCUCGGAGGGCGGACGAGAGCACGGGACAAGGCGUCAGCCCUCCGCGGAGCCGGGAGGAGCUGGGGUGCUUCGGGCUUGGGUUGUAAACACGCCUCCGUGACGCGAUCGGGGCGAGCUCUGCCUGAAGCGGGCGGCGCCUGUGAGGGGAGAGGAGCGCUGGAGGCUGUGGGAGAUCCCGGCUGCUGCCGUGGCGGGGCCUGGACUCCUGAUCCCUCAGGGCAAAGGACUCACAAGAAGGGCUCCCGGACACUGCUGGUGAGCGAAGGGGUGCUGGGGACUCCGCCGAGACCGAGGGCAGCACGGCCGGGACGCUUUCAUUAUGGCUUCUCCAGCUCUGCUCAUGCGUGUGGUCGCCUCUGCAUAUUCUGCUGCAGAAAAAGCUGCAACAAUUGUUAGAAAUGUAAUGGCUGCAGGAGAUCUGGGCAUAGUGGAGAAGACUGGAGCCAAUGACUUGCAGACCAAAGCUGACCGACUGGUACAAAUGAGCAUUUGUGCUUCGCUGGCACAGAAGUUUCCCAAGGUGACAAUCAUAGGAGAAGAAGAGCUGCCCAAUGAUGAGGUAACUGAGGAACUAAUUGAAGAUGGUCACUGUGAAGAAAUCCUGAAGAAAACUUGUCCUGCUCAGUACACAGGAAUUAAAGAGGAAGAGCUUGUAAUAUGGGUUGAUCCCUUGGACGGAACCAAGGAGUACACUGAAGGUCUCCUUGACCACGUAACGGUUCUUAUUGGAAUUGCUUAUGGAGGCAAAGCAAUAGCAGGAGUUAUUAACCAGCCCUAUUACAACUAUGAGGCAGGACCUGAUGCUGUGCUGGGACGGACAAUCUGGGGAGUCGUAGGCAUAGGUGCCUUUGGAUUUCAGCUCACAGAAGCACCUGCUGGGAAACACAUCAUUGUUACCACCCGUUCUCACAGCAGUGCCCUGGUAAAUGAAUGUAUCAGUGCUUUGAAUCCAGACAGUGUCAUCAGAGUUGGAGGAGCAGGAAACAAGGUCAUUCAGCUUAUAGAAGGCAAGGCAUCUGCAUAUGUAUUUGCCAGUCCUGGGUGCAAGAAAUGGGAUACAUGUGCACCGGAAGCUAUUCUACAUGCUGUGGGAGGCAAGAUAACUGAUAUCCAUGGAAAUUCGUUUCAGUACAACAAGGAAGUGAAACACAUGAAUUCUGCUGGGGUCCUUGCUGCUUUGAGAAAUUAUGACUAUUAUGCCAGUCGUAUUCCUAACACUGUUAAACAAUCUCUUGUGCCUUGAAGCAAUAAAGCAUCUUCAUUUGGCCUGGCAA